AUAAUUUAAAAAUUAAAAUAAUUUAAAAAAAAAAAAUAAAAAAAAAAAUUAUCAAAAAAAUAUAAAAUGUUUUAUACUCUUUCUUCAAUAAAAAAGCCUAAAAAAAUUUUAACUUAUUACAUUUAGAAUCAAAUGAAUAUUAUAUUCUGUCAUUAAACGUUGCAUUAAUAGUAGAUUUACAUUAUGAAGAAAUAUAAGGUAAAUUACAUUUAUGUAGCAGAUCUUUAAUUUUUGAACCUUAAGAAAUAGAUUUGCCAUUAUUAAAAAUGAAAUAUUCAAACAAUUUAUUUUUAAAAUUAGUUAAAGGAGUAAAUCAUUUAAAACUAAAAGCAUUAUUAUUAACCUCUACAGAAAUCAAUAAUUUAAAUGAAGCAUAACUAGAUAAAGAAAUUAAAUAAAUCUAAAAUAAAUAAAAAUAACCUAAUACAAAUAAACAAAAUAAUACAUUUGAAUUAAUUGAAAGAUUAUAUAUUCCUAAAUAAAAAAAUAAAAAUAACACGAAUGUUUGUAACUCUAACUAAUUAACUACAAAUUAUUUUAAAGACGUUAUUUUAAACACCAUUUUUAUUUAAAAUGAAAAAGUUUUUGUUAUAUAUAGAAAUCCUGUUACCCCUUAUUUAACCGAAAAAAAUUACGAUAACAUUGUAAUUAGUUUGGACAAAAAUAAUUCUAAAGAAUAAAUAAUUAAAUUUUUGAAAUUUUUCGAUGGAUUUAUGAAAACAAAAGACGAAUAACAAUAUAUUAAUUUCCUAAUUGACAAUUCUGUUUAAUAAAGUAUAAAAGAAUUUGUAAAUUAAAAAAAGAUUUAAAAUAAAUAAGUCGAUUUUAUUUUUAAAUGUUAAAAAGUAGUCCCUGAAGGAAAUUAACAUGGCUUUUUUACUGUUGUAAAUGAAUAUAAUUUAAUUUUUUGUCCUUUAAUAAAUAGUAUAGACUAGAAAAUAAUCGAAUGUAAACUAAGUGAUGUAAAAUGUAUUUUAAAAUACAGGUACUUAAUGAAACAUAUAGGAAUAGAAAUAUGGCUUUAUAAUAAAAAGAGGAGUUUAUUAUUAAUUUUUGACGAUAAUAAAAUACAAUAAUCUGUAUUCGAUUUUUUAGAUAAAAAUUGUAAUAAGGUUCAAUAAUAUGGAAUGACAAAAGAUUAAGUAUAAAAACUUUGGAUAAAUAGAAGUAUAUCUAAUUUUGAAUAUAUAAUGUAUUUAAAUACUAUAGCUAAUAGAUCUUUUAAUGAUAUUAGUGCUUAUCCUGUUUUUCCUUGGGUCGUUUAAGAUCAUAAAACAAAUAAUUUAGAAUUGGAUAAUCCUGAUUUUUUUAGAGAUCUUUCAAAGCCUAUAGGAGCUAUAAAUAAACAUAGAUUAUAAAAACUUAAAGAUUUUUAUACAAAUAUUUAUUAAGAAAAACACAAAAAUGCAGAGGGUUAUAUAUACCCAACUCAUUAUAGUUCACCUGGAUUGAUAGUUUAUUUUUUGAUUAGAAAAAUACCUGAGUUUGUAAUAAAAUUAUAAAAUGGAGUUUUUGGACCAAGUGAUAGGAUUUUUAGAAGUGUAGAAAAUACAUGGUAAGCUACAUUAAAUUUAGAAGCUGAUUUCAAAGAAUUAAUUCCCGAAUUUUAUUAUUCAGAUGGAGAUUUUUUAGUUAAUAAUGAAAAAUUAGAACUUGGUAUUACACCGGAAGGAGAAUCUAUAGAUGAUGUGAUAUUACCUAACUGGGCACAUAGUAUACAUGAUUAUAUAUAAAAAAUGAAGAUUUGCUUAGAAAGCGAUUAUGUAAGUGAAAAUAUAAAUAAUUGGAUAGAUUUAAUUUUCGGGUAUAAAUAAUAAGGUGAAGCAGCUAAAAAAGCAAAUAAUUUAUUUUAUCCUUUAACGUAUGAAUAAAACGUUUAAUGGAAUUAAUAUAAUUCACCUUAUGAAAAAGCUGCUAUGGAAACUUAGGUUACUGAGUUUGGAUAAUGUCCUGUUUAAUUAUUUUAAAAGGCUCAUCCUUAAAGAAAAAGUAAAUUUAUAAGUAAAAAUCUAUCCAAUUGUGACGAAAAGACUUAUGUGAUGAUGUGUUAGAAAUUUUAAGAAGCAUAAUAAUAAAAUAUAAAAAUGAAAGAAAAAAUAAAUUAAUUAAAUGAAGUAAUAGAAGUUUUGGCUUAAAAUGAGAAUUUAAAUUAAUUCAUUAGAGGAUUUUAGGAAAAAGUAGACCAAGAAAGUAGUAUUAAUAGUAAUUUCUUGCAUACAGGUGAAGAUUAAUAACCUUAACCUUUAAAUGAGAAUGAUUUUGAUUUUUUAAAUGAUACAGGAAAUUCAAAUAAUUGA